AUGAAACAAGUCGACAAAUUUUGGAAACAAGUCGACAAACUUUGGAAACAAGUCGAUAAAAAUAGGAAACAAGUCAAUAAAGAGCAGAAACAAGUCGAGAAAUUUUGGAAACAAGUCGACAAACUUUGGAAACAAGUCGAUAAAGAGCAGAAACAAGUCGACAAAUUUUGGAAACAAGUCGACAAACUUUGGAAACAAGUCGAUAAAGAGCAGAAACAAGUCGACAAAUUUUGGAAACAAGUCGACAAACUUUGGAAACAAGUCGAUAAAGAGCAGAAACAAGUCGAGAAAUUUUGCAAACAAGUCGACAAAUUUUGGAAACAAAAACAAGUCGACAAACUUUGGAAACAAGUCGAUAAAGAUCAGAAACAAGUCGACAAAUAUUGGAAACAAGUCGACAAAAAUAGGAAACAAGACAAUAAAGAGCAGAAACAAGUCGACAAAAAUAGAAAACAAGUCGACAAAGAGCAGAAACAAGUCGACAAAUAUUGGAAACAAGUCGAUAAAGAGUAG